AUGGCUGCACUUCCCGAGUUCACGAUGGAACAGGUUGCCGCCCACCAGAGUGACGACGACAUGUGGAUCGUGGUGGACGGGAAUGUGUACGACGUCACCAAAUUCAAGCGGGCUCACCCGGGCGGCGCUGGAGUGCUGAAGAUCUAUGCGGGCAAGGACUGCUCGCAAGAGUUUUUCGCGAUGCACAAGGCCGAGGUCCUGGAGAAGUGGGGUCGGAAAUUGAUCAAGGGCACCGUCGCUGGCGCGCAGGCAGGAGCCAUGCAGUCGACAGCCAACGCUCACCACAUCGAUGUGACCCCAUACAGCGAGCCGUCGUUCUGGAUGGGCUGGCAGUCGCCUUACUACAACGAGAGUCACACUACCUUUCGCCUGAAGCUCCGUGCUUUCGUCCGAGACGUCCUGAGGCCGGACGCCGUCGAGGGCGAGGACACCGGGGACUACCCGACGGCAGAGCUCUACCGGGCCAUGGGCACGAGCGGGCUCCUGGCAGCGCGCAUCGGGAAGGCCGUGAUGCCCUUCCUCGGCAUGAUCCCGGGCAUCGAGCUGGAGGCCACCCUGGGGGUGAAGCCGUCAGAGUUCGAUCACUUCCACGAGCAGAUCGCCCACGAGGAGAUGGGCCGCGGGCUGGGGCAAGCGCCGGGAUUCAACGACGGGCUCGGCGCGGGCUUCUGCAUCGGGCUACCCCCCGUGCUGCACUUCGCGCCGGCGCACAUUCGCGACAAGGUAGUGCCAGAGGUGCUCCGUGGUGACAAGAGGAUCUGCCUGGCGAUCAGCGAGCCCGCUGCUGGCAGCGACGUCGCCGGCAUGCUGACGACUGCUACCAAGACGGCAGACGGUAAGCACUACAUCGUGAAUGGGGUGAAGAAGUGGAUCACGAACGGCAUGUUCGCGGACUAUUUCGUCACCGCUGUGCGAACUGGGUCGGGGAGGAACGGCAUCAGCAUGCUCUUCAUCUCGCGAGACAUGGGCGUAGAGACCAAGGCUAUCAAGACUACCUACUCUGGCAGCGCCGGCACGGCACUGGUCAUCCUGGACGAUGUCAAAGUGCCGGUGGAGAAUCUGAUGGGCUUAGGGAACCGUGGCAAGGAGGGCCAGGGCUUCGCCUGCAUCAUGUACAACUUCAACCACGAGCGCUGGUUCAUCGUGGCUCAGUUCCUCGCGAGCUGCAGGCUGUGCAUCGCGGACUGCUUCAAGUGGGCCACACAGCGCAUGGCCUUUGGCAAGCCGCUGAUCGAGCAACCCGUCCUCCGGCAGAAGCUCGCGAGGAUGGCAGGCGCUGUCGAGAGUGCCCACGCGCUCCUCGAGUCGGUCACAUACCAGAUGGACAAGAUGCCCUACAAGGAGCAGUCCCUCAAGCUCGGCGGCCCGAUCGCGCUCCUGAAGUACCAGAGCACCCGGGCCGGCGCCCUGGUGGCCGACGAGGCGGUGCAGAUGUUCGGCGGGAGGGCCAUCACGAAGACGGGCAUGGGUGCGCACGUGGAGCGCUUCCAGAAGACGUACAAGUACGCGGCCAUCCUCGGGGGCAGCGAGGAGGUCAUGGCGGACCUGGCGAUCCGCCAGCAGAUGGUGGGGCCGGCGAUGCAGGCCAAGCUGUAG